CGCGCGCUGGAGUGGACGCCGAGGUCCCGGGUCGGCGUGCGCAGGAAGCGAAUGCGCCCGUGCAGCUCAGGCCUCGGCCAUGGCUCACAGGCCGAAAAGGACUUUCCGGCAGCGCCGAGCCGACUCUAGUGACAGCGACGGCGCCGAGGAGCCGUCUGCUGAAGCCGAGGCGCCCGGGGAGCAGGCGGUCCCGGGCCCUGCAGAGGAAGGGCCGCCCUCUGGAGGAGGCCGCGCGGAGGUAGCGGAGCGGCCCCUUCGGCUCCGGAGCUCUCGGGGCCGGGGCCGGGUCUGGGCGAGUUCCCGGCGACCAGCAGGAGCGGCUCCUCGCGCGGACGGCGGUUCCGGCGGCCCAGAAUCCAGAAGGGUUGAUCUUUCAACAGAUGAAGAAGAUGGAGCUCAUCAUUCCUCAGAAAGUAAGGAUGAUGCGAGUUCCUCUUCUGACAGCUCUAGCUCUGUGGAAGAAGAGUUUUCGUCAGUAGUAGAUAUCCCUGAUGCAGCUUUUAUUCAGGCAGCCCGAAGGAAGCGUGAAUUGGCCAGGGCCCAAGAUGACUAUAUUUCUUUGGAUGUAAAACAUACCUCAGCCACCUCUCGUGUGAAGAAGAACAGUGACGAAGAUCCCGAGAGUGAGCCUGAUGACUGUGAAAAGAGAAUACCCUUUACCCCAAAGCCUCAAACGCUUAGACAAAGAAUGGCUGAAGAAACAACAACCGGAGAUGAAGAAACAAGUGAAGAAGGUCAGGAAGAUGAAAGUCAAGAUAUUUGGGAACAGCAGCAAAUGAGGAAAGCAGUUAAAAUCACAGAGGGACGAGACCUAGAUCUUUCCCACAGCAGUGACUCUAAACCAGUGAAGAAAUUUGAUACUUCCAUUUCAUUUCCACCAGUGAAUUUAGAAAUUAUAAAGAAGCAAUUAAAUACUAGAUUAACAUUACUCCAGGAUACUCACCGCUCACACCUGAGGGAAUAUGAAAAAUAUAUACAAGAUGUCAAGAGCUCAAAGAGUGCCAUCCAGAACCUAGAGAAUUCAUCAAAUCAGGCUCUAAAUUUUAAAUUCUAUAAAAGUAUGAAAACUUAUGUGGAAAAUCUAAUUGACUGUCUUAAUGAAAAGAUUAUCAGCAUCCAAGAAAUAGAAUCAUCCAUGCAUGCACUCCUUUUAAAACAAGCCAUGACCUUUAUGAAACGCAGGCAAGAUGAAUUAAAACAUGAAUCAACAUAUUUACAAGAGCUAUCACGCAAAGCUGAGGCAUCAACAAAUGGAAGCUUGCCUGCAGAUGAAAAAACUCAAUGGAUUUUAGCAGAGAUUGAAUCUCGAAGGGCACAAAGAAGGCAAGCAAGGGCGCUUUCUGGGAAUUGUGACCAUCAGGAAGGGGCAUCUAGUGAUGAUGAACUGUCUUCAGCAGACAUGACUGACUUCCAAAAACGCCACGGUGACAUUUUACAGGAUCAUAAGAAGAUUUUUGAAGAUGUGCAUGAUGAUUUUUGUAAUAUCCAGAAUGUUUUAUUGAAAUUUCAACAAUGGCGAGAAAAGUUUCCUGAUUCUUACUAUGAAGCCUUCAUUAGUUUAUGCAUACCGAAGCUUUUAAAUCCCCUAAUACGAGUUCAGUUGAUUGAUUGGAAUCCUCUUAAGUUUGAUUCCAUAGGUUUAAAACAGAUGCCGUGGUUCACGUCUAUAGAAGAAUUUGUGGGUAGCAGUAUGGAAGAUUCAAAGAAGGAAGAGAGUUCUGAUAAAAAAAUACUGUCUGCUGUCAUCAACAAAACAGUGAUUCCUCGACUCACAGCCUUCGUCGAAUUCAUUUGGGAUCCCUUGUCGACCUCACAGACAACAAGUUUAAUAACGCACUGCAGAAUGAUACUUGAAGAACAUUCCACUUGUGAAAAUGAAGUUAGUAAAGGCAAACAGGAUUUACUUAAAUCCAUUGCUUCAAGAAUGAAGAACGCAAUAGAAGAUGACGUUUUUAUUCCUCUAUACCCAAAGAGCGCUGUAGAAAACAAAACAUCGCCACAUUCAAAGUUCCAAGAAAGACGGUUCUGGUCAGGUGUAAAGCUCUUCCGUAAUAUUCUUCUUUGGAAUGGACUCCUCCCAGAUGACACCUUGCAAGAGCUGGGACUAGGGAAGCUGCUAACUCGUUACCUUAUUAUAGCUCUUCUUAAUGCCACACCUGGGCCAGAUGUUGUUAAAAAGUGCAACCAAGUAGCAGCAUGUUUACCAGAAAAGUGGUUCGAAAAUUCUGCUAUGAGAACAUCUAUUCCCCAGCUAGAAAACUUCAUCCAGUGUUUAUUGCAAUCUGCACAUAAAUUGUCUAGAAGUGAAUUCAGGGAUGAAAUCAAAGAAAUAAUUCUUAUUCUGGUGAAAAUAAAAGCUCUGAAUCAAGCAGAAUCCUUCAUAGAAGAGUAUCACCUCGACCAUCUGAAAUCAGUCAUUAAAGAAGUUUGAGUGAACUUUACAGGAAAGUACUAAAAUGAAAUUUUAAUAUAGUCACACUAGGCCCCUUUGCUUGGAAAACAAAAAGCUGGUGCCUCUUCUUAAUUCCCAGUGAUGGAGAGGAGGAUUUGCCAAGAGAAGGCAGGACUCCGGCCCUCCAUUUCCUCCCCUUUCUGCUCUCAUGAAAGGCUGCCCCGCUGACUGCAGUGUUUGCAGGAAUGAAGCUCACGGGAGUGCUAAGAGUUUCACAUGUUCCCUUUGAUUCUUUGGACUUCUUUUCUGACUUCAGAGGAGUCGGAGAACCCUUGCCUGUAGCUGUUCUGGCUUGGGUGAGUCUUCUGUCCUGAUCCAUGAAACCAUCUCUUAGUUCUCUUCAUUUUAACUAUCUCUAUUUACAAAUAAGUUAAAAUGGAAAUCUUAAUUGGGAUGAUUUAUUUGUUAAGUAUGAACUGAUUGAGGCAUUUUAAGGCUUUUGGUAACUAAUGAUUGUGAGAUUGUCCUUCAGAAAUCUCUACCAGUGUAUUGUACCCAUGAAUCCCCAUCAGCAGUAGGUAUUUUUUUUUAAACUCAUUGCAAAUUUAAUAGGUAAAAAAAAUCUUAUUUUUUUGGCUAUUAGAAAAUGAAUACUUGGGGCUGGCCCUGUGGUGCAACGGUUAAGU